CCUCAGCUUCAGAAAGCUGUUACCAUGGAGACGGGCUAACAGACUGUACAGGCCAUCCUCAGAGGGACUCCAUCUCUAGACAGCCAGCGGGAGACAUCCCAGAAUGGAGGUCCUGAAGGAGAAAGUGGAGGAGGAGGAGGCUGCCGAGCGGGAGGAGGCAGCCGAGCGGGCGGAGCGGGGAGAGAAGACACUGAGGCCGGUGGAGGUGCGCAGGGAGGAAGCCCCGCUGACGCAGGAGGCGCUCAGGGACCUGGAGAAGAAGCUGUCGGAGAUCCUGGUCCCGGGGAAGAUCUCGAUCUCUACCAAGGACACGAUCGACAUCCUCAAGCUGCCCGUUUCCUACCAAACUAACACACCCAAGGAGGAGCACUUGCUGCAGGUGGCAGACAACUUCUCCCGCCAGUACAGUGACCUGUGCCCAGACCGCGUGCCCCUCUUCCUGCACCCCGUGAAUGAGUGCGGAUUGCCGAAGUUCGUGAGCACAACGCUCCGGCCCACACUGAUGCCCUACCCUGAGCUCUACAACUGGGAGAGCUGCGCCCAGUUUGUCUCAGACUUCCUGUCCAUGGUGCCCCUGCCUGACCCCCUCAAGCCGCCCCCCUUCCUCUACUCGCCGACCACAGUGCUGGAGCAGCAGAAGGGGAACUGCUUUGACUUCAGCACGCUGCUCUGCUCCAUGCUCAUCGGCUCUGGCUACGACGCCUACUGCGUAAAUGGCUAUGGCUCGCAGGACAUAUGCCACAUGGACCUCACUCGGGAGGUGUGCCCACUCACCCUGAAGCCCAAGGAGAUCGUCCAGCAGCAGGAAAAGGCACCAGCUAAGAAGUACGCCAUCAAACCGCCCAGGGACCUGAGCAGCAAGUUUGAGCAGGAGCAGGAGAUGAAGCAGCAGGAGCAGAUCAAAGCUGAGGAGGAGAGGCGGCUGCGGGAGGAGGAGGAACGGCUCCUGGAGGCGGAGAAAGCGAAGAUUGACCCCUUGCACGGCCUGCGGGUGCACUGCUGGGUCCUAGUGUUGUCGGGGAAGCGCGAGGUACCCGAGACCUUCUUCAUUGACCCGUUCACGGCACGCAGCUACAGCCCGCAAGAUGACCACUUCCUGGGCAUUGAGAGCCUCUGGAACCACAAGAACUACUGGGUCAACAUGCAGGACUGCUGGAAUUGCUGCAAGGACCUGGUCUUUGACCUGGGAGACCCUGUGAGAUGGGAGUACCUGCUCUUGGGGACCGACAAGCCUCACCUGUCCACGACUGAGGAAGAGGACACUGGGAUGAACGAUGACGAGGACCUGGACAAUCUGUGCAAGGACGACAAAGACAAGAGCUUCGACAUGCCCAGCUCGUGGGUGGAGCAGAUUGACAUCUCCCCGGAAGCAUUUGAGACUCGCUGCCCAAAUGGGAAGAAGGUGAUACAGUACAAGAGGGCGAAGCUGGAGAAGUGGGCCCCGUACCUCAACAGCAAUGGCCUCGUGUGCCGCCUCACCACCUACGAGGACGCAGAGUGCACCAAGACUUUGGAGAUAAAGGAGUGGUACCAGAACCGGGAGGACAUGCUGGAGCGGAAGCAGAUAAACAAGGUCACAGGCCUGAAUAUCGACUACUUCAAGCCGGGCCACCCCCAGGCUCUACGUGUGCACUCAUACAAGACCAUGCAACCCGGGAUGGACCGUGUCAUGGAGUUUUACGAAACGGCCCGUGUGGACGGCCUGAUAAAGCGGGAAGAGACGCCCAAGACCAUGACAGAGUACUACCAAGGACGCUCGGACUUCCUGUCCUACCGCCACAUCAAUUUCGGGCCCCGCGUCAAGAAGCUGGUUCUGAACAGUGCAGAGUCAAACCCCCGGCCCGUGGUGAAAAUCACAGAGCAGUUCUCCCGCAACCCAGCGAAGCCUGCGGAUGAGGACGUGGCGGAGCGCGUUUUCCUGAUCUUGGACGAGCGCAUCCAGCUGCGCUACCACUGCCGCGAGGACCACAUCACGGCCUCCAAGCGCGAGUUCCUGCGGCGUACCGAGGUGGACAGCAAGGGCAACAAGAUCAUCAUGACGGCCGACAUGUGCGUCAGCUUCGAGGUGGAGCCCAUGGAGCACACCAAGAAGCUUCUCUACCAGUACGAGGCCAUGAUGCAGCUGAAAAACGAGGAGAAGCUGUCCAGACAUCAGGCCUGGGAGUCGGAGCUGGAGGUGCUGGAGAUCCUGAAGCUCCGAGAGGAAGAGGAGGAGGCGCACACCCUGACCAUCUCCAUCUAUGACACCAAGCGCAACGAGAAGAGCAAGGAGUACCGGGAGGCCAUGGAGCGCGUGAUGCACGAGGAACACUUGCGGCAGGUGGAGGCCCAGCUGGAUUACCUGGCCCCGUUCCUGGCACAGCUCCCGCCAGGAGAGAAGCUGACACGAUGGCAGGCCGUGCGCCUCAAGGAUGAGUGUCUCAGUGACUUCAAGCAGAGGCUCAUCGACAAAGCUAACCUCAUCCAGGCCCGUUUUGAGAAGGAGACCCAGGAACUACAGAAGAAGCAGCAGUGGUACCAGGAGAACCAGGUGACCUUGACGACUGAGGAUGAAGACUUCUACCUGAGUUACUGCUCUCAAGCCAUGUUCCGCAUCCGCAUCCUGGAGCAGCGGCUCAAUCGACACAAGGAGUUGGCGCCACUGAAGUACUUGGCUCUGGAGGAGAAGCUCUACAAGGACCCGCGGCUGGUGGAGCUCCUGAAAGUGUUUGCUUGAGGCCCUCCUGGAGCCUCAGCCAAAGCUGACAGACAAAGAAACCUCCCCCGGAGCCCGGCCCUACGCUCCCUGCACCCAGCUGAUGACUGUGGACCGAGGAUCAGGCUCCCUGCCACGCCACCUCCCUGCAGCCCUGUCUGUUCCUGCUUCUCACGAUUUCCUGUAAAUAAACACACUUUUAAUUUGCCA